GCUGCAGUCGGUCCGGAGCCCGCCGAUACUGCAGUCGAUCCGGAGCCCGCCGAGGCUGCAGUCGAUCCGGAGCCCUCCGAGACUGAAGUCGAUCCGGAGCUUGCUGUGGUAGAUCUUGAUGGGGAGUCGCCAGCCGAGAUCGCUGGUGCAGACCUUCCGGGUGAGAGCAUCGCUGAGAUGGAAGCUCUUGCAUGUGCACCCCUGCCGGGCCUUAUUGAGAGCAUCGAUGAGAUCGAGGCUUGCCAGGAGAUGAUCGAAGCUUGCACCUGUGUCAUCGCGAUCGAUGACGAGAUGGAGGUGCCUGCUGCUCCGAAGCGAACAGCGGAGGACAUGGAAGCGGAUGGAUCGUACAAGUACCCCGCGCCGUUGCCCGUGCCCAGCAUGGACGCCAUCUUGGAGAAGGCUGCUGUGGCCGAUGCUCCUGUCUACGGUGAUCAGGGGCAGGAUGGUGGUGCGGCGAAGAAGCGCCGCAAGGUUCCGAAGGACCGUGUGGACGCGAAGGUCGCGAAGGGCGAUCCGAAGGCCGCUGAUGCGGCUGCAGUGGCCGUGCCAGGCAUGGCUGCGGCUGAGCUGCCAGAGGAUCUGUCAGGCCUCACGAGACAGGAGCUCAUCGAGAAGCAUCGUGCCUUCGAGCCGCCAGUGCAUGUGACUACGAACCACGUGUAUAGCAACACGUACCACAAUUUUGCCAAGAAGGGCCCCACGGGGAUGCAGCUACGAGCCAAAGCACGGCAGUCUACGGGUAUCUUCAAGCAGCACCGGCUUUGCCUUCCAGCCUUGGUUACCAGCUUCCGUGCCAAACAUGCAGCCAGAAAGCCAGCCGCUGAGGAGGAGGAUGGCCCGGCGAAGUCAUGA